GCAGAGAGUGGCCGGGGAGUGCGGCUUUCCCGCUCGGGACUGAGCCCCCGGCGCAGUUGCCUGUUGUUGUGGGGAUUGGAAAGCCAUGCUGUAAAGCUUGCCUCAGCCGUUUCCGCUCCCUUUGAUGGCAGGAUGAGCGUGUGUAACGGGACGGCGAUGGGCUUUCUGUCUCGGCUUGUUCCCGCCGUGAACAGGACGGCGAGUUUGCUGCAGAAAACCGCGGGGGCGACCACAUCGGCGGUGGGUUGGCUGGCUCCAGAGGGGGGCGAUUACCAUCCCGCUGGGAAUGUGACCAACUCCACCGGCGGCACGGAGCACCUCUUCCAGUAUUCUUUCUCCGACAACGAAUUGCUGUACAAGGAGUACAAGCCCCCGGCUCGGGACGCCAUCCCUUUACCAAAGGCUGUGCUUUACCUGUUGAUGGCAGCCUUGGUGGUGGUGGCUGUGGCUUACGCUAUUGUUGGACAUCUUAUCAAGGACCUUGUCCACGACUUUGUGGAUUGGUUAUUUGGACCAACUCCAGAUGACAGCAGCAAUAAAAGCGAUCUGAAAUGCAUUUCCAGUAGCUUGAAUGACGUAAAUAGCCAGAACCAUGGAGGAGGUGAAAAACCAGAUGAACUGGUGAUUUUCAUAGAAGAUCAUUUAUAUUUACCUCAGGACACAUAAAAAGUGACUGAACUAUCAAAGCAAGAACACCAUGUCAUAGGAAUACAGGUUAUUCUUCUUUAAUUAACUAAAUCAUCAAGAUAAACUGAAUUCAGCUUUCUGUAUCCCUCCGCAUCUCAAAUACGGAACAAACUUGGACAUGGUAAUGACAAGAGAAAUGUUAAUUUCUGCAUGGCUGCCAUCAGAAUGUUAAUUAUGAUUAAUGAUAUCCGUAGCUUUGGACUUGGUAAUUGAGGAUUUUUUUAUAUUCAAACAUUUUCUUGUCGUUGCUCUUUUUCCCACAUUCAUGUGAUAUACAAAAGCAAUGUAAUUUACUUUCACAAUUAACAAGGGGCCUCCUCCCAAAGGAGUUGCCAUCUCAGGGACUAAUGUCCCUUCAAAAUUUCAACAGGAACAUGAACUGUGUAAAAAAUUAUUCUAAUUGAAUUAGAAUAUAAUUGGUGAUUCACAGGAAUAUGAAAUAU